AUGACCUUGGCACUACCCAGAGCUUUCAUCAAGAAGUCAGAUGUGCAUUCUUUGCACUUGUAUCUUGUUGCAUCCCAAGGCUUUGACUUGCCACAUUACUUUGAGUUAAUGACUGUGGAUGAUGUGCCAGUCUUCUACUAUGACAGUAAUAUGAAAGGUACAAUACCUGUCCCUGAAUGGCUGAACAACACAAUGGGACAGCAAUACUGGGACUUCUUGGUUGACACAGCAGAAAUUGACCAAGACCAAAUAGUAAAAGGUCUGAAAUCAGCCACACAGCAGUUUAAUGUCACAGGUGCUUCCAUUUAUCAGGCCUACGGUGGAUGUGAUCUCCAUCCUGACGGAACUGCACAAGCCUUUUUAACUCAUGCAUUUAAUGGCAAGGACUUCGUAAGCCUUGAUAUUGAGACUCGAACAUUUAUAGCAGCGGUUCCACAAGCAGUCCUCUAUAAGAGACUGAGGGAGAGGGAUCAAACCAAUCUUGAAUUACUUGACUAUUUCUACCGAACGAACUGUGUUGAAGGAAUUAAGGAGUUCCUCCGACAUGCCCCUAGCCUGCGCAUGAAGAGAGUUCCAGAAGUCAGGCUAUUUGAGAAGAAAAACUCCUUCACAGAGAUCACGUGUCAUGUGACUGGGUUCUACCCACAAACAGUGCAGGUUCAGUGGUUUGGGUCAGACAUGCAGCCUGUGGUUGAGAGGAUUAUUGAAGGUGAAGUGUUACCAAAUGGAGAUGGUUCUUAUCAGACAAGAAAGAGUGUUGUGAUACCAGCAGAACACACAGACAUACAUCACUACAGCUGUGUGGUCCAGCAUAGCAGCAUAUCUGGAAAUAUCACCAAGGCUUGGGAUGUACAUUCAUUCAGUGGUAUAAUGGUUGCAUCACAUGGCUUUGACUUGCCAGAAUAUUUUCAAGUAUUUUCCGUGGAUGAUGUGCCAGUCCUCUACUAUGACAGUAAUAUGAAAAGUCCACCACCAGUCCCUGAAUGGAUGACCAGUACAGCUGCACGACAAAUGUGGAGUUACUAUGCUCACAGAGCAAUUGUAAACAAAAGAGUUAUAACAGCAGGUUUGAUGUCAGCCAGGGAGCAGUUUAACUUAACGGGUGCCUCCACGAACAUUUACCAGUCUCAGACUCGAUGUGACCUCCAUCCAAAUGGAACUGUGCGAGCCUUUUUAACCCAUGCAUUUAAUGGCAAGGAUUUUGUGAGCUUUGAUAUGAAGACAAAAACAUUCACUGCCACAGUGCCUCAAGCAGUUUUCUAUAAGAGGAAGAGAGAGGAAAAUCAAGCCGACCUUGAAAUCGUUGCUAAUUUCUACAGAACAUGGGGUAUUGAAGGACUUAAGAUGUUCUUACAGCACAACCCCAGACUGCAAAUGAAGAAAGUUUCUGAAGUCAGGAUUUUUGAGAAGAAAAACUCUGCCUUCACAGAGAUCACAUGUCAUGUGACUGGGUUCUAUCCAAGAACAGUGCAGGUUCAGUGGUUUGAGUCAGACAUGCAGCCUGUGGUUGAGGGGGUUAUUGAAGGUGAAGUGUUACCAAAUGGAGAUGGGACUUAUCAGAUAAGAAAGAGUGUUGUGAUACCAGCAGAACACACAGACAUACAUCACUACAGCUGCGUGGUCCAGCAUAGCAGCAUGCCAGGAAAUAUCACCAAAACUUGGGGUAAGAUUGUACUGUCAAGGGAUGAAUAG